AUGAAUGUUCUUGGUAUGUUAUUGCCCAUGUGGGCAUCGUUAAGCACAUCUUUGUUUUUCUUGCUUGAUGCCAGAGUACCUGAGUCAACUCGUUCCACCAUUUCUCCCUCUCUUCUUGCUAAGAAACAUAAGCCCGUCUUUCUCUUCUCUUCAAAAAUGCAAGCUCAAUCUCCAGGGAUGCCUUUGGUUCCUGUGGUUGAAGAAGUACACCACCAAGAUUUGAAUAAGAGAAUCCUUAUAGCACUGAUUGUUGCUUCCACUCUCCUUGUUGGAACAGUGUUGUUUUUCUCCUGUUUCUGGAUCUACAGACUGAAAAAAUCUAGGAAAUGCAGCGCCAAAAGUAAAAGCGAUGAUGUUGCUAAAGGGAAUUCGCUGAGUCCGACUGUGGAUAAAAUUAAUUUCUUCAGGAUGGCUGGGAAGAAGGGUCCAGUUGCAGUUAUGGAGUAUCAUUUGUUGCAGGCUGCAACAAACAAUUUCCAGGAAGAGAAUGUUCUGGGAGUAGGUGGUCGUGGAUGUGUCUAUAAAGCUCGUUUCAGUGAAAAACUCCUUGCAGCUGUGAAGAGAUUUGAAAGUGAUGCACAGGACAUUGAAAGAGAAUUUGAGAACGAGCUGAACUGGUUAACGAAAAUUCAGCACCAAAACAUAAUUUCUCUUUUAGGUUACUGCACUCAUGGCGAAGCAAGGUUUCUUGUGUAUGAAAUGAUGCAAAAUGGGUCUUUGGAAAGUCAAUUGCAUGGGCCAACACAUGGAUCAGCAUUAACUUGGCAUAUGCGACUGAAAAUUGCUGUUGAUGUUGCAAGAGGACUAGAGUAUCUUCAUGAGCAUUGCAAUCCUCCCCUUGUCCAUAGAGAUCUGAAGUCAUCUAAUAUUCUUCUGGAUUCCAAUUUCAAUGCAAAGCUUUCAGACUUCGGCCUUGCUGUAACUUCUGGGAUCCAAAACAAGAACUUAAAGCUUUCAGGAACUUUAGGUUAUGUGGCACCAGAGUACCUUUUGGAUGGAAGAAAACCAGUGGAAAAGAUGUCUCCAGAUCAAUGUCAGUCUAUGGUCUCAUGGGUAAUUUUCCUGAACCCCAUUUUAGCUGCCAUGCCUCGAGGAUUCAAGGCCAUGCCUCAGCUCACUGACAGAUCGAAGCUUCCAAACAUUGUGGAUCCUGUUAUCAAAGACACUAUGGAUUUAAAACACUUAUACCAGGUAGCUGCAGUGGCAGUACUAUGUGUGCAACAAGAACCAAGUUAUAGGCCAUUGAUAACGGAUGUCCUUCACUCCCUCAUCCCUCUUGUACCUCUCGAGCUUGGAGGGUCACUAAGGGUCACAGAACCUGUUCCUCUUGCCCUGCCUUCUCACCGAUGA